UCCACCACGCUUUUGAAAUCGUCGAAUGAGAACACCAAUGGACUCGUUGCCUGAACACUGCGUUUCUACUAUUCUCGCCCUCAAAUCCCCUAAAGACGCAUGCAAGCCCGCUCGGGUAUCGCGCGCUUUCCAAUCAGCCGCUCAGUCCGAUGUUGUCUGGGACGGUUUCUUGCCGUCCGACUGUGAUGCCGUACUCGCAAGGCUGCUGAGGCCCCCUCAAGUUCGGUUCCGAGGAGGAGCUCUACCUCAGCUCAUUGAUUCCGGAAGAAAGAGGUUCAAGCUGGAGAGAUCGUCUGGGAAGAUAUCGUAUGUGCCGUCUGCAAGAGAGCUUUCCAUAGCAUGGAGCGAUGUACCCAUGUAUUGGACCUGGAAAUUUGUGCCCGAUUCGAGAUUUCAGGCUACAAAGCACGAACACGUUCUAGGAGCUUUUGUGUCAUGUCGGGCACUCCGAGAUGUGUUGGACACGCAUGGUUGGGUCUGCAAGUGCGAAGGAAAGAAAAUUGUUAAAAAAGGCGACGGAAGGUGGAGGCAAGGGCAAGGGAGUGGAGGCGAGGCCACGAGCAAUGGCAAGGCCACGAUUGCAAGGAGGAGGGCCGCGACUGUGAUGCCAUGA